AUGCCAAGUUUGCCAAUUCCAUGGGAACUUUCUCCACCAACCCCCAGAGCCUUUACAUUUAACAACUUGUUCUUGGCCAUUUGCAUUGUAGCAUGGGGUAUGGAUAUUAUUGGUCCUUUUGUACCUUCAUCUUCAGCAGGAUAUCGAUACAUCCUAACUGCUACUGACUAUUUCUCAAAAUGGGCUGAGGUUGUGGCUUUAAAGGAUAUAAAAAACACAGUUGUCUACGAGUUCAUCCGAACCCAUAUCAUUUACAGGUUCAGAAUUUCAGAAAGUGUCAUCAUGGAUAAUAGACAGCCGUUCAGGAGUGAUGCUUUGAACAAGUUAUUUGCCAAGUAUAAAAAUAAAAAUAAAAACCAUUCAUCAAGAUAUCAUGCACCUGCCAAUGGUUUGACAAAAGCUUUCAACAAGACAUUGUGCAAAAUUCUAAAGAAGAUGGUGGAUAAGAACAAAAGAGCUCGGCACGAAAAGUUACAAGAAGCUUUGUGGGCUUAUCGGACUUCGCACAGAACUCCUACUCAAGCAACCCCUUAUUCAUUGGUUUUUGGAGGAGAAGUAGUGUUACCACUUGAGGUUCAAAUACCAUCAUUGCAAGUGGCAAUACAAGAGUCCUUAACAGAAGAUGAAAGUGCAAGAGUGAGGUUGGCUGAGCUGGAGACCCUAGAUGUAAGAAGGUUGUAUGCUCAACAGAAUUUGGAGAUCUACCAACAAAGGAUGGCAAAUGCAUUCAAUAAAAGAGUGAGGCUUCGUUCCUUUAAAAAAGGAGACUUGGUACUAAUGGUUAGAACACCCAUAGUAGUCUCAUGA